AUGUUUUUAGUACCAUCCUUUUCAUUUUUAUUUGGAGCCAACAAGAAAGAGAGUGAUGAUAAUCCAAAUGUCACACAGUAUAUUAAAGUAGAAUCAGAUGGUAAAACUUUAGUAUCUGAUCCAAUGGCAAUUAGAGAAUCAAUGUCAGGUAUUGGUUUUUUAGGACCACCUGGUGCUGGAAAGAGUACUUGUUGUAAUACAAUCUGUCAUGUUUUGUAUCAAAUCAAGGAGCCAUACUUUUUGGCUCUUGAUUCUUACAAGACUGUUACCACUGGUGUAUGUACCAUGUCUAGAGAAGCAAGAAUGAAAUCACCUGUACCAAUUACUAAAGAGGUGAUGGAUAUGGAAGGACAUGACCAUAGUUUAGAGAGAAGUUGGAAGUUGGCUAUGCUCCUAUCAGUCAUGUGUGAAGAGGUAGUACUUUGUAAUAGAGAUGCAAGAUCUAUUGUACUCAUUCAAGCUGUAGAAGUAUUCAAAAAAGGAAUGGAUCAAAGUAAAGUUCUUGGAAUGAAAUGUGUUACAAAACAAAUGUUUGUAAUGGUUAAAAGAUUGAGAGAUGCUCCUGAAAUCCUAUCCACACUCUCAAAUAUCAUUCCAGAUAUGGAAUUUAUUCCAUUUACCGUUCCUCAAUUCACCGAUGAUCAAAUCACUUUGAUGGAGACACCACUUGAUUUCCACCCAGACAUGGUCAAUGCAAUCAAAACUGGUAUAUUGGAUAAAAUCAAUCCACGUUUGGAUACUCAAGCACUAUCAUCAAAAGCAGAAUCAAUUCAACUAUUAUUGGAUGCAUUCAACAAGGGUGAUUUUUCCAAUCUUGGAUUAGUUGGAAAACAAUUAUUUUUAAAUGGUUGCAAGAGAAUCAUGAAUGAAGUUAUCUCUAUUGCAACCCAAAUCAAUCUUGCAAAGACCAAGGAAGUUACAUUAGAUAUGACAUUUCAAGAGUUUUUUCAAGAUGUCAGUGGUGGUUUAGAUGUUGAUUUUACACAAUCAACAUUCUAUAUUAAAGAAACUUGUGAUGCCUAUAUCGAUGAAUUCUUUUCAUCACCAAGUAUUCCAAAUGCCGAUUUGAUGUUCAUUUAUCAAAGUCAGUAUGACCACAAAAUUGCCAAAUUGACUGAAGCCAAAGCAAUUGCAGAACAAACCGAUCAAAACAAACGUACCUUUUUAGAGUUUGUAAAAGAAAUCAAUGAUAAUGCAAAACACAAGUUGAACAUUUAUAUUGACAAGUUAAAGUUUGGUGAAACCCAGGUGCCAGAUAAAUCAACAUUCAUCGAUGACUCUUCGAUUGUGGAUCUCCAACAAUUGGUGGAUAAAGAACCAGAUUUCACAAUCUUCUACCAAUACUAUGACACGGCAGUUACUCUCAUUCCUCAGAAGUGUCAGGAUCAAGAAAACCGAGCCAAAUGGAAGAUGCCUAUUCAGGCUCAAGGUGACUUGACUUGUAAGAAAGGCUGCCGUUUAGGAGGUGACUUUAUCAUCUGCAAGCCAUGUGGUGGCGAUUGUUAUUGGUAUUGGAUUGACGGACCCACAGUAAUGUCUAAAGGUUGUCUCAAGAAAAAAUCAUUUCUAGAGGUCGAACCAAAUCUUACAUGCUUUCGUUGUGAAUCCCCUGUCAAUUGUACAGUCCGUCCAAAUCUUUCAUACAUUCCAUAG